AGACCAGAGAGCGAGUAAAUUAAAGUAAAUUGCUUGUAUCCGUUCAAAAUGCACUAAUCGCACUCAGUAUACGAAUUAUCAGAGGCAGAGACAGAGCUACGGUAGAGUCAAAGUCAGAUCGCAUACAGUGUUAUUUCAGCUGUUGAGCGUAACAGAGGCACAAGUACGAGUAGUUUGUCAAGAUGAGCUAUGAGCUGUGGGAUAACGAUGAGGAAAUCAAUUACUUUCGGGAAUACCUCCGCAUACCAACCGUUCAUCCAGAUCCUAACUAUGAGCCCGCUGUGGAUUUCCUGAAGCGACAGGCCAAAGAGCUCGAUUUGCCCGUUUCUGUCUUCUAUCCUUUUGAUAAAGCAAAUCCCGUGCUUGUUAUUACUUGGACGGGUCAGGAUCCCAAAUUGCCUUCCAUUUUGCUAAACUCACAUAUGGAUGUGGUGCCCGUAUUCCCUGAGAAUUGGACACGAUCGCCAUUUAGCGCUGAUAUGGAUAUCCUUGGUAACAUCUAUGCUCGAGGUGCUCAGGACAUGAAGUGUGUCGGUUCUUGGUAUAUGGCAGCCAUCAGGGCAUUAAAAAAAAGUGGAACCACGUUCAAACGCACCAUACACUUAUCAUUUGUGCCGGAUGAGGAAAUGGGAGGUCGCCGUGGUAUGCGUGUGUUCAUCGAUACCGAUGAGUUUCGCAAUCUGAAUGUGGGAUGUGGACUCGACGAAGGUCUGGCCUCACCCGGAGAAGAGAUUCCAGUUUACUAUGGCGAGCGCACCGUGUGGCGAAUGACAUUUAAGGCAACGGGUCAGGCAGGUCAUGGCUCGCUGUUGCUUGAGAACACAGCCGGUGAGAAGAUUACCUAUAUACUGAACAAAAUGAUGGCACUCAGACAGACACAGGUGGAUCGUUUGAAGAAUAACCCGGAGCUAACAAUUGGCGAUGUGACGUCCAUAAAUCUGACUCGACUCGACGGUGGAGUUCAGAGUAAUGUGGUGCCACCACUUCUGACAGCUGGUUUCGAUACACGAUUGGCAUUGGAUGUGGAUCUUCAGAGACACGAGGAUCAACUGCAUAAAUGGUGCGAGGAAGCAGGCGGCGGUGUUGAGAUUGAAUUUGAUCAGAAGCAUCCGUUUGUAAAGCCCACAGCCCUCGACGAUUCUAAUCCCUUCUGGGUGGCAUUCAAGAAAGCCACAGAUGAAUUAUGUCUCGAGAUUAAACCACAGAUCUUCACUGGCGGCACCGAUAGCCGAUAUCUGCGUAGGGAGGGCAUUCCGGCAUUUGGUUUCUCACCCUUGCACCACACGCCCGUCUUGUUACACGAUCACGAUGAGUUCAUUAAUGCAGAUAUUUACCUGAAAGGUAUACAAAUUUAUAAGAAAAUUAUUAGCAAUUUGGCUAAUCUGAGUUGACAAAUCAUCGAAAAUAAUAUAAUGCAAUUGAUUAAAUGAAAUAAUAGCUCAAAUUAUUUUAUUAAAACAAAAGUGUUCAGUUUAUGAUAAGCAUUUUAUAUGUAACUGACAACUUUAAUAUAGUUUUGUAUUGUUCUUAAGUUAAUCGAAAACACGGCGAGUAUGAUUGCAUUAAACGAUUGCAGAUAUCGUUUCAGUUAUAUAUAUCUUUACUUUAUUUAUCUUAUAAAGAAAUCAGAUUGAAUUUGUGGACAUUCCAGCUGAUCAGAUGGUCAAUAAAUUAAAUAAUUACAUAUUUCAACAUGA